GACAAUGACCAGUACGAUCGAUGGCAUGACUGCCAUGAGACGACUUCAACUUCCCACCAAGGAGCCGGACAAGAAGGACCAGAUGAAGAUCAUGAUGACCAACAGACCUCACAGGCAAUGACGCCAGCAGACCCCUGGGCAGCUUGGCAACGCUAUGGACCUCGGGAUGAACACGAGGCCUGGGUACAUGAAGAAGAACUACUACCCGAAUUCCUACAAGCCUGGUAUCUGCUGGCUGAUGCAGGACUCAAUGCACAAGAAAGAAACAUGAUCCAAACGGCCAUUGGUGAAACCUAUACCAUCCAGAGGAUGUCGCAGGAACUGCGAACCCAGUGGCCAGAAGAAGACCUCCUUCGACGAGACCAGCUUCCGCAAGCCAGGGCCUCAGGGUUUUGGCAUGAGAAAAAGGAGGAUUCCGAAGAUGAAGAAACCGACGGGGAGAUGACCUCAGCGGCCGCUCUGAUCGCCAAUGGGAUGAACGAUGAGGGCAUCGCACUGAUGACCGCAGCAGUGGAGGAGAAUGAAGACGGCUACUUCACAGCCGAUGAAGGAGUAGAUGACUGGGACUAUGAGGUAAAGAACCACGAGGGUGACCUUCAGGAGAUCGAGAAGAGCACCACAACGGGGGAUGACACGGAGAUCCACCAGCAGUCAAGCUGGUACACCGAAGAGGCCUACGCCACAGAAGACGCAGUUUUAGUGACCAUGCCGACCAUCCAGAGUUUGAAGAAGGCCGAACUCAUCGAGGCGAUCCGUGCUCUGGGGGAGGAACCACCAGCAAAAUGGGGAAUGACAGAACUCCGGGUCCGCUUAGAGGAACUGGAGGAGGAACACGGCAUAGUCCGCCAGACAGGACGCAGCCGCACCAACCUUCAGGAGUGGACCGUGAAGUUGAACAAAGCCGGAACCAAGAAGAGUGUCCUGGUGGAGUUUUGCCAGAAAGAACUCCUGAUACCCCUGAGUGGAAACGAAACCAUCCCCCAGUUGAACAAGAAGGCCAUGGACCGCAUCUACCAGAUUGCCGAACUGAGCGGACAGGACCCGAUGGGCUUCGGCAAGUAUGCCAGCCUCUCUUACGACGAGGUGAUGACCACCGACCUCGGCUACUGCAAUUGGGCCCUGACCACCUUCCACGAGGAGGACAAAGGGGACCGGCUGUCGAGGUUUGCUCGAUGGUUCGAACAGGCCAAGGAACAGAGUCCAAAACCCAAGAAGAUGCCACCACCGGGACCGGUGGAGACCAAGACCAAGGGGUACCCCAAGACGAAGGCUGCCCCGAAGAAGAUCUUGCUCACCGAGUCAGCGGCAUCCAGCGGCACGCCAGAACAAGUGACCGAGACACCAGUGUUGACUCAGAUCAUGAGUGCCCUGACCGACUUGAAGGACGAGGUGGAGGCACUGAAAGAGGAACGACCCCACAAGAAAAAGGAGACCAACAGCGAGGACUUCUGCAUGGUGAGAGAGCCAAUGCCUUAG